UGGGGAGCGGCGCUCGUUUGGCGCCCAGUUUGAGUGGGGGCCGCUCGGGGCUGCCGCUGUUCCUCUGCCGCUUCGCUGCAGCUUCUCUACCGCUCCCGCCAUGUUCAUCUCCGACUGCCGCCGGGAGUUUUACGACGUGAUUGUCAACCAGCGUGUUCUUCUUCUUGUUGCUUCAGAUGUGGAUGCACUGUGUGCUUGUAAAAUACUGCAAGCUUUGUUUCAAUGUGAUCAUGUGCAAUAUACACUCGUCCCAGUGUCUGGAUGGCAAGAACUUGAAACUGCCUUUCUUGAGCAUAAAGAUCAGUUCAAAUAUUUUGUCCUUAUUAAUUGUGGUGCCAAUGUUGACCUCCUGGAGAUCUUGCAGCCUGAAGAAGAUACCUUUUUUUUCGUCUGUGACAGCCACAGACCUAUCAAUGUCGUGAACGUUUACAAUGACACUCAGAUUAAGCUGUUAGUUAAACAAGAUGAUGAUCUUGAUGUGCCUGCUUAUGAUGAUAUCUUCAGAGAUGAAGAGGAUGAAGAGGAGGACUCAGAAAAUGAAGGUGAUGAGUCAGAACCUUCAGAGAAACGUAGACGUUUUGAAGAGGAUGUGAUCGAGAGAACAAUGAAAAGACGACAAAGGCGAGAAUGGGAGGCACGCAGACGAGAAAUUCUGUUUGAUUAUGAGCAAUAUGAAUAUCAUGGGACUUCAUCUGCAAUGGUGAUGUUUGAUCUGGCGUGGAUAAUGUCUAAAGACUUGAAUGACAUGUUGUGGUGGGCAAUUGUUGGCCUAACAGAUCAAUGGGUCCAAGAUAAAAUCACUCAAAUGAAGUACGUGACGGAUAUUGGAAUUCUCCAGCGGCAUGUGUCUCGCCACAACCACCGCAACGAGGAUGAAGAAAACUCUCUGUCCAUCGAUUGCAUGCGGAUAGCAUUUGAGUAUGAUCUACGCCUGGCACUGUACCAGCACUGGUCUCUAUAUGAAAGUCUCUGUAACACUUCAUAUACCUCUGCUAGCCUUAAGCUUUGGUCUGUGCAAGGGCAGAAGAGGCUCCAGGAAUUUCUGGCUGACAUGGGUUUACCUUUGAAGCAAGUGAAACAGAAAUUUAAUUCCAUGGACAUGUCCUUGAAAGAAAAUCUUCGGGAGAUGAUUGAAGAAUCAGCAAACAAGUUUGGAAUGAAAGAUUUAAGAGUUCAGACCUUCAGCAUUCACUUUGGCUUUAAGAACAAGUUCUCAGCAAGUGAUAUAGUAUAUGCAACAGCUUCUCUCAUGGAGAAUGUAGAAGAAGAGAGGCCUGAAACAACUAAUUUCAUUAAAGCUUUGGACAGUCUCUCCAGAGGUAACCUGGACAAACUGCAUCAAGGACUGGACCUAGCCAAAAAGCAGCUACGUGCCAUUCAGCAGACAAUUGCCAGCUGUAUUUGCACCAACCUUGUUAUUUCUCAGGGCCCUUUUCUCUAUUGUUCUCUCAUGGAGGGCACACCUGAUGUGAAGCUGUUUUCCAAACCAGUGUCUCUGUGCCUGCUUAGUAAAUACUUACUCAAGUCUUUUGUUUGCUCUACAAAAAACAAGCGUUGUAAAUUGCUGCCGCUGAUAAUGGCUGCACCCAUGGAUGUUGAACAAGGAACUGUCAUCAUGGUGGGGAUUCCUCCAGAGACACAAAGCUCUGACAAAAAGAACUUUUUUGGAAGAGCAUUUGAGAAAGCUGCAGACAGUACCAGUUCCAGGACUCUGCACAACCACUUUGACAUGUCAAUCAUUGAAUUGAAAACAGAAGACAGGAGCAAAUUUCUGGAUGCACUCAUUUCUCUCUUGUCCUAAAGAGUGAUGGGUUUUGGCUCCUUGUGCUGGAAACUGAGGAUCAGACGCUCUGAAGUUAUUUUGGAUGUUCCAGAGUUCAUGGUGCUGCAAUUGUGUCUUGCAUUGUCUUAAAUGUACCAGUACAGGCCUGGACUGUUGUUUUUAUGCCUUAUGGGAAGUCAAAAGGAUUUUAACAUUAGCAUACAGAUAUUGAACAUGGCUUCUUGGUAAAUGUCCCAUCCUUGUAAUGGAAAAAGUCUCAGACAGGACUACUUUCAAAUUGGACUUCUGUUUGUCAAACCUGGUUUUAUUAGUAGACUUGCUCUUGUGGUGUUUAGCUGUUGGCUAAUAGCAAAAGAAAAAUAGAUUUUGAAGUUCAAUAUUCAUAUUGCCACUCUACUGCCAUUCUGAUGUUCCUUUAAAAUGGUCUUGAAUACUUUUUAUUUAUUUAUCUUUUUAAUGAGAAAAUUUGAAACUUUUCCUUGAAUUUCUGUAAUACUGAAAGCUAUUUUAGUACUCUCAGGUUGAGGUCUUGUACUUUAGCUAACUGUUGAGACAAGUGUUAAGAUUUUAAGACUUUUUAAAUCCAAGUACUGAGAAAAACUGCCAAAUACCCAAAGGAAAAAGUGGAGAAUUCUACUUAUUUAGCCAUCCAUUAUGAUCCUGUAUGGACACUUGUAGCUUGGCUCUGGGAUGAAUUUUCCUGGGAAGAGUCUAUGAUAAUUGUGUGUAGUGUUAUAAAUAUUGGCAGACUUGCUCAAUCCUGUUCCAUAACAGAGCUUUCAUUUCACUUUGGUUGUAUGAAAUGGUCUGGUUUGUCAGACUUCACCUGCAGUGCGUUGGGUGUUCACUUGAAUUGUGUGUGAGUUCCUUGUUUUCCUGUAUUAUAAUGAAUAUGUAAAGGUUAUGUAUUAUUGUGUCAUACUUUGUACAGAUUUUGAAUACAAGUUAAUUUAAUAUUAGAUAUUAUUGAAAUGUAGCCAACAGGCAAGCUAAUUAAACUAUAUAUUUUUAUUCAAACAGAA